UGCAACCUCCAAAGUAAAAGAAAACGCUUACGUAUUGCGUCACCUUGACAAUGCCAGCAGAUAUGUCAAAAGAUUCAUCUGUAAAUAAAGAUAAAGUGGGUCAGAAAAUGGAUGGAUGGAUGGACAUAAUGGGUUUAUAAUAAUUAAAAUUCAUUAAAAGCAUGCAUUUGUAGUUAUCAGUGUAUGUGUUGUAAUGUAUGCAGUUAUGUCAGACUGCAUUGCGAUAUCCUAUGCCCUCUCACAUAGCUAAUUAAGGUAGCCCACCUUAUAAUAAGGUUACAGGGUCAUGGUCUCUGACCACCAAACAGCAAUUAGCCAAUGCGUGGCUGGUUUCAUUGUCCACAUAGUUGCCUUACAUUAAUCUGUCUGUUAAAAAAAUGGCUGUACAACUUGAUCUGUGCUCAGUUGUCCUAAGCUUCUAUGUUUUCAACAUUGUGGUGUGAAGAUGCCCGCCAGGUGAAUCAGCCGUGCGUGGCGAGCCGGUGACUGGUGAGCAUCCUGUUUCUCUCAGUCUUCUGCUGCUGAGUUACGUGAUAGCAACUCCAGUGUCAUUAUCAGUGUCCACCCCCUGCAGAGCACCGCGCCAGCUCUGAUCCCACUUAAGGUCCUGAGGUGGGCCCAUGGACCAAUAUUGGGACAUUGUCAUUUGAGGUGUCAUGUGCCACAGGUUAUUUGUUUAAUGUAUUUUUUUUUUUUUUCUCCCACAUCGCACCUGGACAAGAUGAUCCAAAUACUUUGCCUGGCCAUGCUGCUCCCUUCGGUGGCUCAUUCAGCUCAAGGUCACUAUGCCCAGAAGCUACUCCAUGAUUUGAUGGAAAACUAUACCAGUGCCCUGCGGCCCGUGGAGGACACAGACCGAGCUCUGAACGUGACUUUACAAAUCACACUCUCGCAAAUCAAAGAUAUGGAUGAGAGGAACCAGGUGUUGAUUGCCUAUCUGUGGAUAAGACAGAGGUGGCACGAUGCUUACCUGAAGUGGAAUAAGGAAGACUAUGACGGAUUAGAGAUCAUCCACAUUCCCAGCAACCUUGUUUGGAGACCUGAUCUUGUCCUCUAUAACAAGGCUGAUGACGCCUUGUCCGGACCCAUGGACACCAACGUGAAGCUACGCUACAAUGGAGAGAUCACCUGGGACGCUCCCGCCAUCACCAAGAGCUCCUGUGUCGUAGACGUCUCUUACUUUCCCUUCGAUAGCCAGGAAUGUAAUCUGACCUUCGGAUCCUGGACCUACAAUGGAAACCAGGUGGACAUCUUCAUGGGCAUGGACAGCGGCGACCUAUCCGACUUUGUAGAAAAUGUGGAGUGGGAGUGCCACGGCAUGCCGGCCACCAAGAACGUCAUCAUGUACGGCUGUUGCUCCGACCCGUACCCUGACAUCACCUACACGGUGCUGCUACAGCGCCGCUCUUCCUUCUACGUUUUCAACCUCCUCCUCCCAUGCUUCCUCAUCUCUUUCUUGGCUCCUCUUGGAUUCUACCUGCCUGCAGACUCUGGGGAGAAGGUUUCUCUGGGGGUGACGGUGCUUCUGGCUCUCACCGUGUUCCAGCUCAUGGUGGCCGAGAGCAUGCCUCCCUCAGAGAGUGUGCCUCUCAUAGGCAAGUACUAUAUCGCCACCAUGACGAUGGUCACAGCCUCCACAGCUCUCACCAUCUUCAUCAUGAAUAUCCACUUCUGCGGUCCCGAGGCCAAACCAGUACCCCACUGGGCGAAAGUCCUCAUCAUUGAUUACAUGUCCAAGAUCUUCUGUGUGUAUGAAGUGGGCGAGAACUGCGCCUCCUUCUCCUCCUCCUCGUUCUCUUCAUCCGCUCACUUGGCUCAGAAUGAUGUCAGUCGCCAGUACCUCAACUCCCAUAUUGGAGCAAACGGCCAAGCGGGAUGUCACAGUAGUCGAGAAAAGCGACAGGGUCAAAAGAACCCCAAGCCCCAGACUCCGAAACCACAAGAACAUCCCAAAAUGAAAACUCAGCACCACAUCACCAGGGCAGAGAGGAGCCUCUACUCUACGUUUCCACUUGGGAAGUAUGAAUGCUCUAAUGGGAAGAUUGCAACAGGGGAUUGUAAAGAUGAGCAGAAGCUUCCAUGUUGCCCCAGAGACAAAAAUCCACCCUGCUGCCCCGAAGACAAAAAAACACCAGUCCAAGGUCCUACGGUAACAUUUGGUCCCUGUGUGUUCUGUCAGAAUGGCAAUGGCAUCCCUGGUGCGGACCCUAAAUUGGUGCGCAAUGUUGAAUACAUUGCAAAUUGUUUCAGAGAGCAGAGGGCCACAUGUGCCAAGGGGGCUGAGUGGAAGAAGAUUGCUAAAGUGAUGGACAGGUUCUUCAUGUGGAUCUUCUUCAUCAUGGUCUUUCUUAUGAGCAUCCUUGUCAUUGGGAAGGCCCAGUGACCAAUACAGUCAAUCUGGUUUUAUACUGCUGAGCUCUUUAAAUAAGAACCGUACAGUGAAGCGCCAUUAUUUCCGGGCGGGACCGGGUCUGAACCCUAUCACAAAAAGCAAAAAUCUGCGAUUAAAUGAUAGCCACCCAAAAAUGGUUUGUUAUUGCCUAUACAGUGGUGCCUUGAGAUCCGUGAUACUCUAACGCGACAACUUUUAUUCACAAACCAAGAAUCUAGCGUGUUAAUCUUCCAGUGAUCAAAUUAAAAUGACGUAUCACAGUCACGAUGACAACCUGUUAUGGAAAGAAUGGAUUGCCCAAGAGUCAGUGGCCAUGAAACAACUUAAGCCCCAUACUGCCCAUAGAUGCCACAAAAUGGCAACAAAGCAUGCAAUGAAACUCCUUAACUUACUCCAACAGAGUACUUUGGCACUGAGAUGCCAUAAGAUGGCGCCAAAGCAAUACUUUAGUGUACAUUUGGCCUUAGCGCAAAAAGUAAUUUCGUCAAGUUUUUUUUAGCAAACAAGUAAAACUUUAUUAAUAGAUUCCCUCCUUCUAGAAAAAGACAUACAUAACUUCACUAUAAACAACAAUCAUAAUGAUAACUUGUGCGCAGUAAUGUAAUUUUUCCUCCCAUUUCUGUCACAUAUUUGUAAAAUCAUCGAAGUCUAUUUUUCUAAACUUAAGGUUGUAUUUAAAAAAUUUAUAUUGAUCUUAAAGCUAAAGCACACCACUGUUCUGUCUUCACAUUUUGCAUAC